AUGCACUCCUGCUCUAUGCUAUGUCGCUGGUGCCGACGCUCCUGCCCAUCUCAGUACCGCCCUCACCUAAGUGGAGAUGCAGGCGCCCGCAGCCACCACCACCGACAUCGACGCGUCGACGCCUGGAACGUCGGAAACAGCGCGCGCCGGCACGCAUCGCUUCCUAAUCUGGCGCCGAUCGCUGAUGCUGGUGGCGCCGCCGACGUCCCGAACGCCCAUUUUGGCGCUGCCGCUGGGCCUGUUCGAUCGCCACGGAUCGAGUGUGCCGGCUCCCGAGGCGUGCGCCGGUGGUGCCACCGCGGCGUCUCGCAGGGCCUGCACCGGGGCCUGUUCGCCGCAGGGCGCUCCGCGCACAGACGCACGCACACGCGGUGCGCCUUGAUCCCCAAUGCAGCACCACCCACGAUAGAGACAUUGCUGUUUUUCCUGGAACGUGGCUCUGUUCUGAUUAAUAUGCGAGCGUGGCUUCUUUUCGCUUUUCUUAGCCUGUGGGGGCUUGCGGGAUGUUUGUCUCGUUGUGCUGCGACAGUGGUUACGCCGCUGAACCUCGAGACGCUCGAAGAGAGUAUCCUGCGGGUGCCGAGCAGGGCGCUCGGUGGCAUCUACAUCAACGAGACCGACGCUAUGGCCCUGAACGUGUCGCAAUACGACUUUACCAUCAUGAAUGCGCUUGCAGACCUUGAUCAUGACCUGUGUCUGAACAAGGGACUGAUCAUUGGUGCUGCGAACGUCGUGGAUAACAUGGUGGAGUGUCCGAUAGCAGACGUGGCCGCUGGCAACUGCAGUGCGCUCGGACGGGCAGCUGUCGAGUCAGCGCUCGCCGUGGGCGGCUGGACCAGCACCGACUAUAUGGGCGCUGCGCAUGCCACAAAGUUGCCAGCGCACUAUUUCAACUGGUCGAGUCCGUAUGCAUACGGCGGCGAGGGCCUCUUUGGACGGGAGGCCUUUGAAGCUGCAAUGCUGGUGGUUCCAGAGAUGGAACGGGUAUUCCGUUCAGCGCUGACCUCUGGUCGGUACAAGUUUAUCGCAUCGUAUACCGCACAAAUGCUGAACGACGAAAUUUACACCUACGUCAUCUUGGGCUCGGAUCCCAGCCAGCAUUGUUACAGCGCUGGUGCUUGA